CGACCCGGAAGAAGAAUUCUAUAUUUCCCACAAUCCCUCUCUGCUUCGCCCUCUUUCCCCAUCGCAGCCAUGUCGAAGAGAGGACGUGGUGGUUCAUCCGGAGCCAAGUUCCGAAUCUCGUUGGGUCUUCCAGUGGGAGCAGUUAUUAACUGUGCUGACAACACUGGGGCCAAGAACCUUUACAUCAUCUCCGUGAAGGGCAUCAAAGGGCGUCUUAACCGUCUCCCUGCUGCUGGAGUGGGUGACAUGGUGAUGGCGACGGUCAAGAAAGGCAAGCCUGAGCUCAGGAAGAAAGUGCAUCCUGCAGUCGUGAUCAGGCAGAGGAAAUCGUAUCGGCGGAAAGAUGGGGUCUUUCUCUACUUUGAGGACAAUGCAGGUGUCAUUGUUAAUAAUAAAGGAGAAAUGAAAGGUUCUGCCAUCACUGGCCCAGUAGCUAAGGAGUGUGCGGAUCUGUGGCCCAGAAUUGCCUCAAAUGCUGGAAGCAUUGCAUAAGCUUCUUGACAGACACCCUUUGUUUACAAUAAAAAAUGUUCAUAUAGUC